AUGGCUAAUACUGUACUUGGUAGCACAACCGCUGCUAAACAUGCAGUUGGUUUCAACCUUUCAUUGUUGAAAGGUGGUACUAUUACCCAAACAAUUAUUGGUGCAAUUAUUACAGCUUUGGUAAUUGCUUCAACCGUUGCAACCAUUAUCUUGGUUUCUGUUGGUGUUGGUUACAAUCCACCAGUUGCUGCCAAUGACUUUGCUUCUACUUAUAAGAGAAUGCCAGUCACUGUCGAUGUACUCAUAAAUGAUAACGAUCCACGUGGUGGUAAUCUUACUUUGACUCAAAUUGUUAAUCAACCAAAGUAUGGUACUGUCAAGAUCCUUUCUCGUUCCCAAGUUGUUUAUCAAUCCAUUGGUUCUUUCUCUGGAAAUGACACUUUCAGUUAUGAAGUUAGUAAUUCCUUUGUUACAGCCAAUGCUACUGUUACUGUUCAAGUUUUGAAUAGACCUCCUCAAGCUGUUCCAAUCUAUAAGAAGAUUUCCAAGAAUGCUCAUAAGGCCCUUGUCGAUAUUUUCAAUUAUGUUGGUGACAAUGAUGAAAGAAUUAGUGAUAUCGAUAAUGAUGUCUUGUAUGUUACUGGCUUCGCUGAUCAACAAGUUAUCAGUGGUAAUGCUCAAAGUUUGGGAUCCAUUGAAGUUGACACUUACAAUGGUUUCUUGUACACUCCUGUUACUGGUUUCAAUGGUAUUGAAAAGUUUAAUUACACAAUCUCAGAUGGUAAUGACACUGCUUCUUCAACUGUUACUGUUGAAGUUGAAAAUGAUGCUCCUAUUGCCGGAAUUUUCCUUGGUGAAACAAUUGUUUUUUCAAUGUCGUCCGAUUUUUCACAGGAGGACGAUUCUGGUGGUGAGGUUAUGCUUGUCUGCAUUUUUUUGUAUAUGUGGGGGAGGUACCGUUUGUCCUUCUGUUGUCCAAAACCAUUAUCCACUGUUGUCUUUCUAAAUAUGGAAGUAUUCCAUUUUGGUUACAAUCGUUCCACUACCAUUUGUGAAUGA